AUGGCCCAAGUUCGGGAAACUUCCUUGCCCUCCGGCUCUUUAGUCCUCUGGAGCUCUGGAGGUGGGGGAGGAGCCUCUCCCAAGGAGAAGGCCAAAAAGGCGGGGGAAAUGGAGAAAGACGCGGUGGGGGCGACAAAGGCGUGUUCAGGCCAGGAUGCUAAGGAGAUGAAGCUGGAGCUGCUACAAGAUCAUAAGCCUGUUCCUGAGGAUAACUUGACGUGGAGUGACAGCGGAGGUGAUAAGAAGGUGCUCCCUUCGUCCCCUCCUCGCUGUUACAUCAGCUCUUCGCCCCUUUGCCCGCGCCGCAAGCCCCGCCCAAGGCCCCAGCCUCCCAGCUCCAGAAGCCCGCCUGGGCUCUCGGCCCCACCCCAGCCUCCAUCCCAUCCUCCCCCUCCCCUUCCCCCACCGCCUCUGACCUGACCUCAGCCCUGGCGACCUAGGGCUGGCCUCAGAUGCUGCAAAGCAUCUGACCCUGGAUCUAGGCCUCAGAUGCUGCAAAGCUUUUCUGGUGGCCUAGGUGGCUCUGGGGAUCGAAGUGGUUUAGGGGACUGGUUGCUGGAGGUGGAGUUUGGUCGGGGUCCUACGUGGUGCUCUCAUGUGGAGAACUUUAAAGUGGCUAAGAACUGGCCGAAGAACCUGAGGCUGAUCUACCAGCGUUUCGUAUGGAGUGGGACCCCAGAAACUAGGAAACAUAAGGCAAAGACGUGCAUUUGUCAUGUAUGUAGUACCCGUAUGAACAGACUCCACUCUUGUCUCUCCUGUGUCUUUUUUGGCUGCUUUACUGAGAAUCAUAUUCACAAACAUGCAGAAGCAAAACAGCACAAUUUAGCUGUAGAUCUCUACCAUGGGGUUAUAUAUUGCUUUAUGUGUAAGGAUUAUAUAUAUGACAAAGACAUGGAAUGGAUUGCCAAAGAAACAAAAGAGAAAAAUUUGAAAUUAUUAACUUCCAUCUCAACAGAUGUCUCUCAACAACAGUGUAUAACAUCAGAUGUUGAAGAGAAGCAUUCAACCUGUGAGUCAAAGGAACAGGAGCCAAAAUUUGUGAAACCCAAGAAAAAGAGGAGAAAAAAGUCAGUCUAUACUGUAGGCCUGAGGGGGCUAAUCAAUCUUGGGAACACAUGCUUUAUGAAUUGUAUUGUCCAGGCACUUACCCAUAUUCCUCUAUUGAAAGAUUUCUUUCUCUCUGACAAGCAUAAAUGUAGAAUGAAGCCCAGCUUGUGUCUUGUCUGUGAAAUGUCUUCUCUUUUUCAUGCUAUGUGCUCUGGGAGCCGAACUCCUCACAUUCCCUAUAAGUUAUUGCAUCUAAUAUGGAUUCAUGCAGAACAUUUAGCAGGGUAUAGACAGCAGGAUGCCCAUGAGUUCCUUAUUGCAAUAUUAGAUGUGCUGCAUAGACACAGCAGAGAUGAUAAUGUGGAACAGGAGGCCAAUAACUCCACAUGCUGUAACUGCAUCAUAGACCAAAUCUUUACAGGUGGCUUGCAGUCCGAUGUCACAUGUCAAGCUUGCCAUAGUGUCUCUACUACAAUAGACCCAUGCUGGGACAUCAGUUUGGACUUGCCUGGCUCUUGCGCCACAUUCAGUUCCCAGAAUCCAGAGAAAGCUGACAUCACAGUGAGUAGGGAUGACCACAUACCAGGAAUUCCCUCACUCACAGACUGCCUACAGUGGUUUACAAGGCCAGAGUACCUAGGAGGCAGUGCCAAAAUCAAAUGCAGUAGUUGCCAAAGCUAUCAGGAAUCUACUAAACAACUCACAAUGAAGAAAUUACCUAUUGUGGCCUGUUUUCAUCUCAAGAGAUUUAAACAUGUAGGUAAACAGAGGAGAAAGAUUAAUACUUUUAUCUCCUUUCCCUUGGAUCUGGACAUGACUCCAUUUUUGGCCUCAACUAAGGAGAGAAGAAUGAAAGAAGGCCAUCCAGCAACAGAUUGUACAUCCAAUGAGAAUAAGUAUUCCUUAUUUGCAGUGAUUAAUCACCAUGGAACUUUGGAAAGUGGACACUACACCAGCUUUAUCCAGCAACAAAAGGACCAGUGGUUUAGCUGUGAUGAUGCCAUUAUCACCAAGGCUACCAUUGAGGACUUCCUCUACAGUGAAGGGUAUUUACUGUUCUAUCACAAACAGGGUCUAGAGAAAGAUUAGUCUUAGGAGACCACUUCCCAGAAAAAAAAAGUAAAAGAAGUGAAUAUACCAGGAUACUGAAGUGACA